AAUAAUAUUCUUUCUCCCACCUUUCUUUUGGCUUCAAAACUACAUAAAAAGGUAUCAUUCUUUCUUUUGUAGGAGCCCUUUGAGAGGGCGCGCACCUGCAAGUGCGCGCACCAAGAAAAAAGAAAGAAAAAAACAAAAAAAAGUUUUAAAAAAAUAAAGAAGACUGACUCUCUUCUCUAUGCAAUCAUGGCAUCACAAAAAAACUACAAAAACAAACAUGUCCUCCUCCUUGUUAUGAUCAUGUGUUCAUUAGCAUUUGUGACAGAGGCAAACUUAUCAGAGCCUGAGGUUCUUCUCAAGUUUCGUGAAUCAUUAAAGUUCGAUGGAGAUCCCUUCUCGACGUGGGAUGUUAAUGUACCACCUUGCGUCAAAGAGAACAAUAAGCCUAAAUGGAACAAUCUAUUUUGUGAAAGCGGAAAGGUUUAUGGUUUGAAUCUUGAAAAUCUUGGGUUAAGUGGUACCAUUGAUUUGGACAUACUUAAAGAGUUGCCAAAUUUGAGAACCAUAAGUGUUUUCAAAAAUAAAUUUGAAGGUCCAUUACCAAUAUUAAAUAAAUUGCCUACAUUAAAGAGUGCUUAUUUCUCAAAUAACAAGUUUUCUGGUCCAAUUGAUCAAAAGAUUUUUGAAGGCAUGAAUUCAUUAAAGAAACUUCACCUAGCAAAUAAUGAAUUUACAGGACCUCUCCCUCCUAUUUUUGGUGAUAUGCCAAAUCUUAGGGAGUUGAAUAUUCAAAACAAUAAGUUUGAGGGUCCAAUUCCUCCUUCCUAUUCACAUCUUUAUCUUCCUGCUUAUGAUGGUAAUGAUGGUCUUUGUGGUCCUCCUUUAGCAAAGUCAUGCAAUAAGGAAGAUGAAAAAAAAAAGGAAGAAUCAUCAUCAUCAUCAUCAUCAUCAUCAUCAGGUUGGAAGAUUGCCCUUAUUGUGGUUAUAGUAGUUGUAGUGAUAGGCAUUAUUGUGUUUGUUCUGAUCAAUCGUCGCAACAAGAAUCAUCAACAAGAAGUAGUACUUGGAGGAUCAUCAUUAACUUCUUCCUCACCAACAAGUCAAGACCAAAAACUAAUCCCUCAAUCUCAUGAUCACCUAAACAAAAUGGAACAAGGCCAAUCAUCAGCUGCAUCUACUCCUGAUCGCGCUUGUAAUGAUGGCGGUAAAAGAGCUGAAGUUGCUGGACAAAAACUUCUAUUCUUGAAAGAUGACAUUGAGAAAUUUGACUUGCCUGAUUUGUUGAAAGCCUCUGCUGAAGUAUUAGGAAGUGGAGUGUUUGGUUCAACAUACAAAGCUGCACUUAGUACUGGCCCUGUCAUGGUUGUUAAGAGGUUUAGACAUAUGAAUAAAGUUGGUAAAGAAGAUUUCCAUGAACAUAUGAGAAGGCUUGGAAGAUUGAGUCAUAAGAACUUGCUUCCAGUUAUUGCUUUCUAUUAUAGGAAAGAGGAGAAACUUCUUGUCUUUGAGUAUGUCAACAAUGUCAGCCUUGCUGUUUAUCUUCAUGGUAAUAGCAAAUCACGUGGUAACCAAAGUCUUGAUUGGCCAACUCGUUUGAAAAUUGUGAAAGGAGUAAGCAAAGGAAUAUUAUACCUUUACAAUGAGCUACCAAGCUUAACAUCACCUCAUGGUCACCUCAAGUCUUCAAAUGUUCUUCUAACUGAAAACUUUGAGGCAGUUCUCACAGACUAUGCUUUGCUACCAGUAGUAAAUGCUGAACAUGCACAUGAACACAUGAUCUCAUACAAAGCACCAGAGCUGAAACAAUCAGGCAAAGUCAAUAGAAAAACUGAUGUUUGGACACUUGGUAUGUUAAUCCUUGAGAUCUUGACUGGAAAAUUCCCUUCAAAUCUUUUAGGCAAAGGGACACAAGAUAGCGAUGAUUUAGCAACAUGGGUGAAUACUACUCUUGGGGGUGAAUCAUCAGAGAAAGAAGUGUUUGAUAUAGAAAUGAAAGGAACAAAAGAUUGUGAGAGUGAAAUGAUGAAGUUGUUGAAGAUUGGACUAAGUUGUUGUGAGGCUGAUGUGGAGAAGAGAUGGGAUAUUAAAGAGGCAGUUGAAAGGAUUGAUGAAGUCAAAGAGAAAGGUGAUUUCAGCUCUAAUGUUGCAAGUAAUGAAGUUGACAAUAUGCAUACUUCAAGAUAAAAAAUAUAUUUUUGAUUGAUAAGCUCAUGAUCAUAAUAUGGAAAUUUUGAUUAUAUUGGAUGCAUAUUGCAUGACUAUAUAUACUUUGGGUAUAUGAUUUUUUUUUGUCAUGGUGGAGGAUAAAUUGAACCAUGAUGUGGGGUUACUACAAAACAAAAAAAGAAAAAAAGAAAAAAAAAAGAAAAAUAAGUGAUAGAAAAAUGAAGUUACUUAAUUUUUGUUUGCAUAUUGUAAAUUUGUCCUUUAUGAAUCUAUAGUCUAGGUGUGUUUCUUUUAUUUUUUAUUAUUAUUCAUUCAUCAAACUUAUUUGGGA